AUGCCACCUCCGUGUCCGCCGGCGAGCGGGCGCGCCCAGGUGCGCUGAGCCGCGCCCGGGCGGCGGAGCCCGCGGAGCCUGGCAGCCGUGGGGCCCGGAGGGGCGCUGCCCGUCCGCCCGUCCGUCUGUCUGUCCUGCCGUGCGGGUGCUGUGCUCUCUUUUUCUCGCCCUGACUCCUGCCAGGCAUGGUGCCAGAUCAUCAACGUGUCUGAAUCACACUCUCCUCUCCUCACCUCUAUGGAGGGGGCUGGCAAUGAAACAAACUGGAGCAUUUCCCUUCCUUCUGGAAGCAAAUACCACCUCUACAUUGGCUUGGCUUUGGCUAUAGGUUCCAGUAUCUUUAUUGGUUCUAGUUUCAUACUGAAGAAGAAAGGACUUUUGAAACUGGCAGACAGAGGAGUCACCCGAGCUGGGCAAGGUGGAUAUUCUUAUUUGAAGGAAUGGAUUUGGUGGGCUGGACUGCUAUCAAUGGGAUUAGGAGAAGCUGCAAACUUUGCUGCCUAUGCCUUUGCACCUGCAACCUUGGUUACCCCCUUGGGUGCCCUGAGUGUUCUCAUAAGUGCUAUAUUGUCAUCCUAUUUUUUAAAUGAGAAGCUGAAUAUUCAUGGAAAGCUGGGCUGUGUACUGAGCAUUUUGGGGUCAACAGUCAUGGUUAUUCAUGCCCCAGAGGAGGAGGAGGUCACCUCACUAGAUGAGAUGGAAAGAAAGCUGCAAGAUCCAGUGUUUGUUACAUUUGCUGUUCUGCUGACAGUCAUUGCCCUUGUACUGAUCAUUGUUGUGGCUCCAAAGAGAGGUCAGACAAACAUACUGAUCUACAUUUUAAUUUGCUCUCUCAUCGGUGCCUUCUCCGUCUCGUCUGUGAAGGGCCUGGGCAUUGCCAUCAAGCAGAUGCUGCAGAGGAAGCCAGUCUAUCGCCAUCCCCUGGUUUACAUUCUGGUGGGCAUCCUGGUGCUCUCAGUCAGCACUCAGAUCAGCUACCUCAACAAAGCCCUGGAUGUGUUCAACACAUCCCUUGUGACGCCCAUUUACUACGUGUGCUUUACUACCACAGUGGUGACGUGCUCCAUCAUCUUGUUCAAGGAGUGGAGCAGUAUGGAACUGGGUGACAUCAUUGGAACCCUGAGUGGAUUCUGCAGCAUCAUCAUUGGUAUCUUCCUACUGCAUGCUUUCAAGAACACUAACAUCACCUGGAGUCAGUUGAUGUCCACUGUUGCCAAAGAAUCGUCACCGCCACACCGUGACUCUGAAACCAGUCACACUUUGCUGGAGAGCAUGGAAAACCCAGCUUUGGCAUAUGAGGAGGACAACAUUUUAUUCAGUCAGUGA